CUGGGCUGGCAUUUAUCAGACAGCUCCCAAACAGGGCCAGAGCAGAGCACAGCUAAGUGUUAGCAUUUUUAUUCACUGAAAAUACCAACAGGCUCAGAGAAAUAUAACACACUAGAUGAGCAGUGGAUAUGAGUGCUAGAACUGCAGUGCUUUGCUUGGUUUUGCUGUUUCUCAGCAUCUUGAAGUUUGUCUCUGCAGAGCAGGAAAUCAUCACAGCUGUGUGUGGACAGAACAUCUCUCUGGCACGUCGAGCUCCAAACACAAACAUCGUAGUUGUAGAGUGGAGCAGAGCUGACCUGGGGACAGAAUACGUCCUUUUGUACCGGGAUGGGAAGUCUCUUCUAGACAACCAGCACGAAUCUUUUAAAAACCGAGUGGAUCUGCAGGACAGAAAGAUGAAGGAUGGAGACGCUUCGCUGGUUCUGAAGAAUGUGACGACUGAUGACACCGGAACAUACGAGUGUCGUGUGAAGACAAGAACAAACCGCAGGAAGAGAGCUAAUCUGACUAAUCACCCCAUCACAACCAUCAACCUGAGUGUUGCUCCUCCAGGUCAACCAGGAGGAACCACAGAGGAUGGAGGAUCUGUUGGACUGAUCGUCGGUCUGUCAGUUGCUGCUGUGCUUCUUGUUGCUGCUGUUGGAGGUUUUUUGAUCGACAGAAAACAUAAACAGAAGCAGGAUCCAUGCCAGCCUCCAGCUGAACAGCAGCCUGUUUGAAAUGUUUCAGUUUUUCCAGCUGAUCUCUGAAUCUCCUGCUGCUGUUUCAACCUUUCUGAGGUGACACUGAGAAUUAAGGGUAAUGACAGACGAUAUCCUGAAAUUAACAUCUGUGUCAUCCUGAAUAGUGUUUAGCAUUGUUGAAUUGCAAUUACGGAUGUGUGACCCUUCAAAUGACAAAUCCGCUUAUGUCAUUUGAGAUAUGUUUGAUUACAUUUUGACUCGUCAACUUUAAUUAUUAUUCUUA